AACCUGCCGGAGGUCAGCCCGGCCGCGGGGUCUCGGCGCAGAGGGCACCAUGGCCACGGCGAACGACAGGGCUGUCCUGCAGACCAUCUUUAACCCCAGCACCCCUUUUGGGGAUAUCCCUGGGCUGGAUGAGGAGGAGGACGACGACGCCAACGCCCAGGAGGAAGGGCUGGUGUCAGCCACUUCCCCAGCCAAGGGCUCCCCUUUGCGCCGCCGCAGAGGAAGCCUUCACACCAGAGCUGCUGGAGCAGGUCCGCGACCUGGAGCUGCAGGGGGUUUCUGCUGCUGAGUCGGGAGAUGUGAGCACGGCCCUGGAGCGGUUCAGCGAGGCCAUCCGCCUGCUGCCCGAGCGCGCCUCAGGCUACAACAACCGGGCCCAGGCCCUGCGGCUGCAGGGGGACGUGGCAGGUGCCCUGCAGGACCUGGAGGCGGCCAUCCGCCUGAGCCGGGGCUGCGGCCGUGCCGCCUGCCAGAGCUUUGUGCAGCGCGGCCUGAUCCACCGGCUGCAAGCUCGCGAGGAGGAUGCCCGGCGGGACUUCGAGCGAGCGGCGCGGCUGGGCAGUGCCUUUGCCCGGCGGCAGCUGGUGCUGCUGAACCCCUACUCGGCGCUCUGCAACCAGAUGCUCUGCGAGAUGCUGGGACGGCUCCGCAACCCCAGCGGCACCGGGAGCGAGUGAGAUGGGCAGGGGACGGGCAGAGCCGUGCUCCUGGGGUGGCCCAGGCAGGCACAUCCUGGCCGAUGGAGAAGAUCCAUCUCUGGUGCCGGAGAUCCUGUUCCUCCUCCUCCCAGCUGACAGCUGGGAAGUACCAAAGUGUCUUGGUUUUGUCUGAGCUCUGCUCCACCCCCAAUAAACCUCCCUGUGGGCUCUGCUCGCGGCA